AUGAAGCUGUACGGUUGCUUCGAUCAACUUCGCUCAGCCCUCACCAAAGAGCUCAUCGAUUCGGGAGUGCAAGCGCGGCUGCUGGAGCGAGCACGGGCGACAGUGGAGAGCACACGGGCCUACGCGCACGCGCCACCGUUCGAUCCGGCCAUGACCACCACCAAGCGGCUGCAACACCGCAAGGCCGUCCUCUCUCGUAUUCUCGACGAGCUGCAUCGGACGUCGCUCCACAAAGAGAUCGAAAAGGGCAUCCAGGGCGUCGUGCAGGACCCGUCGUCGGCCUUCCACACGCUGGCGCACGCGCAGAUCAACGACGCGCUGGAGAGCAUGCGCAGUUCAACAGGGAAGAGAAAGGACAGCGAGGCGCCGGCGCAGCGCGGGUCUUCUUCUUCCCUCAACCACAACCAGCCGCCGCCCAUCGAGCGAGUGGUGGACGGCACGCCGUCCCAGCUCCUCGAUGAAAUGCUGGGCGCGGGCCGCAGGAAGGUGGAGGGUGACCAGAAGGCCUCCCUGUCGACGGCAGCUGCCGCGGCCAAGCGGAAGCGAGGCAACGGGGACGAGGAGGCCGACUCGGAAGGCCAGAAGGCCGAACCGAAUAUCAAGGACGAAGGCGGCGCGUCGGCGAGCGGGUCCGGCGAGCAGCGGCCCGACGACGACGACGACGACGACGAGCGCGACCCCAAGCGACAGAAGAAGGGGCACAGCGAAAGCGAGUCGAGCGAGGACGACAGCAGCGCCUCGUCGUCGCCGUCGUCUUCGUCAUCGUCGCAGCCCUCUUCGCCUGCGGCCAAACCAUCAUCGCGCAGCGACGACGAGUCAAGCGACGAAGAAGAUGACAAGGAUGAGGAAGGCAGUCGUCGAAAGGCCGACAGGAAGAAAUCAAACGUAGACGACGACGACAGCGAAGAGGAGGCGAGAAGCAGCAGAACAAAGAAAGCAGGGCGCAAGACGAAGAGGACCAUCCAAAGGGCGAGCAGCAGCGACAGCAGCAGCAGCAGCGAUGAGAAAGAAGAGAAGAAUUCCAGCGAUGAUGAUGAUGAAGAGGAGGAAGACAGCAGCGUGACGACGGCGCGUCGACGAGAAUCGCGGAAGAGCCUAUCGUCACGGCGGCGGCGAGAGUCCCGGUCGGGCGGCCGGAAGGCCAAGCGGAGCAGGCGGGGCAGCGACGCCCGAUCCACGGAGGAGGACGACGCCGCGCUCGCUCGCAGGCUCGCCGAGGAGGAGAGCGCCCGCCUCUACCCCCUCCGUCGCCGCGCCUCUCGCGGCAGAUGA